GCGGCCUGUUUCCCGCCCACCCAAAAAGGCUUCACUCUUCUCUCACACACUUCACGCACUAACUCCACCACCGUCUUCCUCCAACCAAUCGCCACCGCGGCAAUGGGAUGCAAAUCGACGGCGGAGGCCGAUCUUCUCUCCAAACUCCAAUCCUCCGUCGACCUCGCCGGCACCCACCGCCUCUUCAGCGCCCACCUCCACCCCUUCACCCCUUUCUUCAAUCUUUCCACCGCCACCGCGAAGAAAACAACGGCGAAAUCUUCGAAAUCCAAACCCCCAGAAGAAGAACCGCACACCAUCCGCAGCCUUGCCAAACAGUUCCUAUCCUUCAUACACAAGUCCCUCUCACUCCUCCCCAAACGCCUCUCAGAAACCCCAAAAAUCCCUCGCGACUCCGCCCUCGAAUUGUUCGAUAGUUACCGCCUCUGCCUCGACUGCCUCGAAUUGAUUGCGCCGGAGCUAGCCGGAAAGCCCCAUUCAGUCCACGUGCAGAGAAUUCGGUACGUACACUGUUUGGAGCGGUGGGAGUUGUACAAAGAGGCGGAAGCAGAGGGUUUUGUUGUGCUCCAGAGCUUAAAUGCCGUUGUUGGAGGUGGAUUGAAGGGCAAGUCGAGAAAAUCAAAGGAGCGUUUGGUUCCUGAAUUGGACGAGAAGAGCGUGGAUCAAGAAGUUGCAGCUAUAGUAUUGGAGGUUGUUGUGACCUUAGUAAAAUGUGCGUCGAAGAGGAGGAGUAAAGUGGGUGCUGAUUACUGGAGAGUCAUUUCUUUGGUGAAUGAAUCCGAACCAUGGUUCAAGAUCUUGGAUGCCAAGGACUACGAGAAAUUCCACUGUUUCUUGGAGACGAAUUUGCACAUAAUUGCUCUGUUUUUGGUAGCGGAGAUGAAGUGUUUUGGCGUGGAUUUGAUGUGUGAGUUUUCCAUGGUUACCUUCCGAGAAUACAAGAAAUCACAUGCUCACGAUCAAGUGUACAAGGUUGCACUCAAGAUUUGUUCCUCUCUUUUCUCUCAGAUAGACGAGCUGUCUAGUGACAUCAUUCUUGAUGUGUUGAAACAUGUCCUGGAUAUUAUGGCUGAUGAGUGCAAGGUUGGAGUGGAAGAAACAACUCCUGGAUUUUUGGAACUUGUGUGUUAUUGUGCAAAUAAAUGUCAUAGUUUAACUGUGAGUUUAUGUGAUCCAGUUGCAGAACAUCUGUCUAGAUUAGCAGACACAUUCCGUGAGGAUUUUCCGUUCAUCACUUCUGUACUGACACUUUAUGCAAGUGGGUUAUUAGCAAGUUCAUCACAUGACCAGUCGAAAGGGGAAGAUAUAGAAAAAUGUAGAAAUACUCUACCACGAUAUGCUCUUCAAAAAUUUCUCAAUAACAAGAAGCAGUGUCAACAAAUGGCUGCUUCAAUUAAUUUAUUGAAUGACCACUCUGACAUUGGUGGCAAAGUGAAGAAUUCUCAACAAAAAGAAAGUUCACAUGCACCUUACUGGGAAGCUCUCAAGUUUUUCUGUCAGUCACUAGCAGAUUCCAUAUAUUUUAACAGGAAAGAGAUUCUUUCUGAGGCAGAGAGUUCUUGGGAUGAUCUGAAUAUUAUCCAGUAUGCGUUUCAUGAAUUUUGCAAUACCUUUCUCCAAUGUCUCAGCGCAACUGAAAAGGAGAGAGAGACAUCUGGAGACAAUCACAGAGUGAUAUCUGUUGUAGUUGUGGCUGCUCUUAUGCUCUCAUUAAAAACAAACAAAUAUAUUAAGGAAAGUACUCUAUUGGUAAAGCAAGUUAUUUCAGCUGAGUGGGUUUCAGUUAAGAGGCUCAAGUACCUAUAUGUUUCUCUCAACAAUCUAGCUGUAAUUUUCACCCGUAAAAAGCAGCCAAAAGAGGCAAUAAAGGCUUUAAAAUUAUGCUGUAAAGCUUCAUGGAAUUAUGUGGCAUAUCUUUCUAAAAUGCAUGUCGAAAAAUCACAUGUUUCCUGUGAUGAUCUGUCAGAAAAGGCCAUUGCAGAAUUUAUCAUGGAGGCUUCUCAAAAAGUUGCUUUUCUUCUGCAACUUAAUCAAGAAAGUAACUGCAAGAUAGAUGGAAUCAUCAAGAAAAGUCUUAUAUGCUGGUCUGUUUCAGAAAAUUUGAUUGCAACUGUACCAACUCCUGUGUCUUUGAUAAAGGAGUGGGUAAAGGUACAAUAUUUACUGUUGAAGGAUGCAGAUACAGAGCAUGGCAUGAUGCUGCAUUCUUUGCUUUCAUCUUGUAAAGAAAUAUCUAAAAAGACACUUGGAAAAAUAUUGGAAGAGGAGCUUCUUGCAUACGAGACACAGAGUUACCUGAAUCCAAGAUACUGUCUCCGUAUGCGAAUGCAAAUAAUUGACAUCCUGUUAGAAGAGGUUUAUAUUGCAAAAGACAGUAAUUUAAAGAAAUCUAGGAUUCUUAUUGAAAAGGGAAAAGUACUAAGAGUUCAUGGGUUAGCACGAUUGGAUGAGUGUGUUCAGUGUCUAUCAGAUGCUAUAUCGACAUUGAAGUUAAUCUACGGCACAAAAAAGAGCUGCAGUUCUCGGGUUCAUCAGCUCCUUAUACAUGCUUAUCUUUUGCAUGCAUUAUGUACCCAGGAGGCAUCGCCCAACUCAAUGGUUUUAUCACUUCAAAGUGACUUUCUUAAUGAUAUUCAUGCUGCAUUGGACCUCUACUUGAGCUCAGAUCAUGGCCAUGCAGAUGAACAGUACGAAGACAUGCUAUUUUUGUGGUAUCAACUCAUUGAUUUUUUAUCAAUCAAGGGCUACUUGGAAAUUCACCCUAGGUUGUAUGAUGUUGUGAUUAAGUUAUUUAAUGAGAAGAAUUCUCCUUUGGCAAAGACUAUAUCUGAGCUAUGGAAGAACAGAAGGCUUAGUCAUGGUCUCUGUGCAUCCCCCGUAAACCAUAUGUUUAUUGAUACUUUUGCUAAGCAUCAGAGUCAAUUUAGUAACUCUACUAAAUUUUGGAGAACAUGUAUGGAGGAACUGAAGCCCCUAACAGUUGGGUUCCAUCACAUCAAUACUGAGAUCAAGCAAGCAGCUUCUUGUCUUAUUUCCAUUGUUCCACCAUCCAGUUCAUUCUUUCUUUUGUCAAAUCUCUACUAUGACUCAUCUGCAAGAUUGGUUUCAAGUGGACGCAUGAUUGAGGCUCUUGCAUAUGCAAAAGAGGCCCAUAGCUUACGUAGUAAACUCUUAAAACAAAAUUUCGAAUACUCAGUGGAGAAAAUGACCGAGACAUUUAACGAGGAUGGGCGGAUCAUUGAAAAGAGUUACUAUGGCAUCCAGACCUUCAAAGUUGCUGAUUCUUUGGGGGCAAAAGGUUCUUGCGAUUAUGAAGGCUGCACCCUUACUCCUUGGAAUGUGCUUAGUUGUUACCUUGAAAGCUUGUUGCAGGUUGGAAUGAUUCAUGAGAUUCUUGGAAAUGUUCUUGAUGCUGAAAUGCUUUUACGGUGGGGUAGAAAUAUCUCCCGGAUUCAGGGCUUGCCACAUUUUGAAGUUUCUUUUUCUGUAAUGUUGGGAAAACUAUACCGCAAGCAAAAGCUUUGGAAUGCUGCUGAAAAAGAAUUGUCCAGUGCUAAGAAAACAUUAGCCAGCAACGCUGACGUAGUUUCCUGCAAAAGAUGCUUAUGUAUGUUGGAGAGUUCCAUUAAUCAACAAAUUGGAGACUUAUUCUUGAGCCGUUUUUCCAGUACUGGAGAGUCGCCUUCAAUGAAGAUGUUGGUUGAUGCCAAAAGCUUUUAUAAAUUAGCCUUAGACAAGCUAAAUGUUUUCAACUGGAGGACUUCCAAUUCUACUUCGGAAGAAGCUAGGCUUGAGCAGGUCAUAUCCAGAGAAAGUUCACUUUCUAGCUGUGUAAUCAAUCCUCCCAAGGCAAAUGAUACGCUUUCAAAUGCUAAAACUGAAACUAAAAUUGAACCGCGUCGAUCUAGAAGGACAAAGAAGGAAGUAAAACCUGCUUCACAGACACAAGAGGUGGUAUGUAAUCGUAAUCGUAGGAUAACUCGGUCCACCCUUCGCUCUUUAGUGGAAACCGAAGAGAUUGUAUCAGCUGACAGGCAUAAUGCCCCAACUGCUGGUUCAGCCACCGAUCAUUUGUCUACUGCUGCUGUUGGGUCCGAACAUAAUGUGGCCAGUUCUGAAUCUGAAUGUUCUGCUGCUGAUUUUCGAAAUGGCAUCUCAUCUCUUUGCAACAAAAUGAAAUGUUGGCACUGUCUCUACACUGAAGCUGUUGACUGCAGCACUCUGAAUAACUUCAUACACAUGAACUGGGAGCUUGUUUACAGAAGCCUUUGCUUAAGACUGCUCGUUAGCAUUGGGAAAUUUUGUGGCAUUUGCGGAAAUGUUCAUGAAGCACAUGAAAUUCUAUUGGAAAGUCUAUCAGUCCUCAGCAAAAAAUCAUCUUGUUCGAACUGCUCGUCAGAUUCCCUUAUUUUCUUAAUUGAGUCAAUGGGGAAGCACUUCCGUGGAGAUGCAUUGGCAGUUCAACGUGCAUCACUGCUUUACUAUAUUUGCUGGUUCACUUUGAAAAGUUAUCCUCACCAGGGUACCGGGAAUAUUUGCUGUGAGCUUUCGUGCAUUGGGACAGUAAAGAUUGUUUCCUUGUUGAAGAUGUCCUUUAUACUUGGUCGAGAAGUCCCUUUACUUUUUCAAAAAAUCUGCAGGUUGCUUGCAGGUGUAUAUGUACUUUCUACCUCAUUGAAGCAAUUUUCUUUAUCUCCGGACGAGGAAGGUUCUGAAAGCCAGUGGGGGUCCUUCUUCCAUCAAGCUUCACUUGGCACUGAUCUUAACCAGCAAAUUAUAUCUGGGAUGGUGCAGAAGAAGCAAAGUCAAAGUGCUACGAAUUCUGAGGAUUCUUUUCUCUCAAACUCAAUUUCAACCAUUCUUGAUUUAGCUGGUUCAAUCAGAACUGCACCUGAAUCUUAUGAGGAUCUGGAAGAAUUUGUCCUAAGAUUUUUUCAGGGGCUUCCAUCAAUUCCAGUCAUCUGCAUUAGCUUGGUUUCAGGCUCAGAUGCUAGUUUGUUUAGAGAACUCUUGCAUUGGUCCCAUAAUGUACGGGCAUUCAUUCUGUUAUCCCAUCUGAGCUCGGAUAAUCAGCAUGUCAUACUUCUACCUGUCUAUGAAACUUUAGAAGCUUCAGAUGAUGAUGCUAGUUCCAGCUCAGUUGUUUUCAACUGGAAAGAUUUUGACAAGCAGUGGAAGUGCCCUUGGGUCUCUACUGUGAUCGAUGAAAUAGCCCCAGUCUUUAGACAUGUGUUGGAAUGGAAUUACUAUUCAUCUUCAGAGCAUUUCUUGGAAUAUAUUAAGAAAAACACGUCAUUAUGGUGGAGACAGAGGAAUAGACUUGAUCAAUGCCUCGGCAAAUUUUUGCAGGAUAUGGAGGACUUGUGGCUGGGUACCUGGAAAUAUUUGCUUUUGGGCGAAUGGCCAGAUUGCAGCCAUCUCGACACUAUUGAAAAGAAUCUUUUUGAAGACGAGGAGCAUCUUUUGCAGCUUGUUGUAACCAAAAAAUGCUAUGUUGGUCAGGGGUCUGAGGCAUCAUCUAGUGAAUUUGAAAGUAAAAUGCAUACAUUGUUCAAAAGAAUGCUAGAAAUGUCCGAUAAUUUUGAUGAGGAUGAAGGCAUUACCAGGAAACCAAUCAUUUUGGUUUUGGAUUUUGAUGUUCAGAUGCUUCCAUGGGAGAAUCUGCCAAUAUUGCGUAAUCAGGAGGUUUACCGAAUGCCUUCUGUUGGUAGCAUUUUCGCAACACUCGACAGAUGCUGUCAAAAUGAAGAACAAUUUGAGACAAACAUCCCUGCUUUUCCAUCGAUAGACCCCUUGGAUUCAUAUUAUUUAUUGAAUCCAGAUGGUGAUCUCAGAACAACCCAGCUCGAAUUCGAGAGCUGGUUUAAAGAUCAAAACAUUGAGGGAAAGAUUGGUACUGUGCCCACAGUUGAAGAACUGAGCCUGGCCUUGAAAAACCAUGACCUCUUCGUCUAUUGUGGCCAUGGAAGUGGUACACAAUAUAUCCCUGGGCAUCAAAUUGAGAAGCUCGACACUUGUGCUGCUACUCUACUUCUUGGGUGCAGCAGUGGGUCUCUUUAUCUUAAAGGAUGCUAUUUACCAGAAGGGGCUCCGAUUUCUUACAUAUUAGCUGGCUCCCCCGUUAUAGUGGCUAAUCUGUGGGAAGUGACUGACAAAGACAUUGACAGGUUUGGAAAGGCAAUGCUUAAUGCUUGGCUGAGAGAAAGAUCAGCCGCUUCAUCGAAGUGUGAUCAAUGUAUUUUACCUAAUAAGUCGAAAAAAUGCAGUCAUAGGCCUAGGAUUGGUUCGUUUAUGGGGCAAGCUAGAGAUGCCUGCACUCUCGGUUUUCUCAUUGGAGCUUCACCAGUUUGUUAUGGUGUUCCCACUGGGAUUAUCAAAAGGAAAAAACGUACAGCGUAAUUAUGUGAUGAAUUUUCUUUUUGAUGAAUGAGUGGUAUUAUGAGUAAUCAAAAGUUCAGCGACGAAAUUCU